CGACACACUCUGGUUGAUAUGCAGAAAGCUGCAGAUGAACAAAAGAUGCAAAUAGCUGAAGCUUUUAGGAAAGUGAAAGCGAAAGUUGUUAUUUUUGAAGACGAAAUAAGGAACCAAACCGAGUUAAUGGACAAAAAUAAAACACAAAUAUCGGCUGCCAGAGACAAGAUGAACGAAACUGUCGACGAUUGUAUUCGCUUAUUAACGGAACAUAGAGCGAUAAUGAAUGCCAAAUUCGAUGAAAUUAAUCAAGCGCAUCAAAAAGCUUACGCAACACACCUGGAAAACUUCCAGCUCGCUGUCGGUCAUUUGGAAAGUGUUCUUGAACAAGGUAAAAACAUUUUAGAGAGGAAUAUUAAUGCUGAAAUUUUGCAAGCGAAACCAGUGAUAAUUGGACGCUGCGAGAACCUUUUAAAAGCAAAAAAACCUAAGACUUACAAACCACCACAUGUAACUUACGUUGUAGAACAGGAAGUGGAAAUUUUGGAUCGAGUUGUGGUGAGUCAAACGGAUACCGCUUUGUCAAGUGUCGAACAUCUUCUGGGGGUAGGGGUAGAACAGACAGAGACUUAUUUUUUUAUUGUCACAAGAGAUUCAGAGGGAAGACAGAACUACAACGAAGAUGAUCACAUAAAGUGUGACAUUUUCACUUCAUCAAGGGAAAGUUUAGAAACAGAAAUUGAUGACGAGGAAAAUGGUCGCUACACUGUAUUUUAUACACCCGAUCGAAUAGGAACAUAUGAAGUGGUGAUUGAAGUGAAUGGACAACCGCUGGAUAAUAGUCCUUGGAGUGCGCAACCUCUGGAUUAUAGUCCUUGGAGUGUUAAAGUCAUCCAUGAGUAUCAUUUCCAAUUUAAAGUUGGUUCAAGUGGUAACAGACCAGGACAGUUUAAUGGUCCUUAUGAUAUUGCCAUAAGUGAGGAGACAGGAACUAUUGCUGUAUCUGACUACGAAAAUAAAAGAAUUCAGCUGUUUGACUCUAAUGGCCACUACCUGAGACAGAUAAGACUAAGGGCUAGCUGUACAUCAGUAGACUUUACCAAGUCCGGUCACAUAAUUGCUGUUACUCCUGGUGAUGUUCACAAGAUUUCUUUGUUUUCUGAGGAGGGUCAGUUUGUCAAGCACAUCGACAGUAAACACUUAAAGUUUCCUUGUCACAUAUCGACUGAUGACGAUGAUGAUAUUACGGUAUGUGAUCAAGAGAGUAAUGAAGUUGUAGUAAUCUCAUCUGAUGGAACAGAGUUAGUAACACGCAUCGCUGCUUCAGAGCAUGAUCAGUCGAUAAAGUGCGCCAUUUAUCACGAGCAAACGGCCUGUUUCUUUGUCUCUGAUUCCAAAGCUGACCUUGUCAAUGUUUUUGAUGAGGAUGGAAACUUUCUGAACGAAAUUGGUGGUGAAAGGUUACUAAAUCCUACUGGACUUGCUAUUGAUAAAUUUAACAAUUUGAUUGUCUGUGAUACUGGGAACCAGAGACUUAAAGUAUUUACUACUGAAGGAGACUUUCUCUCAGAGACUGAAAAAUGUUUCCAUACACCGUAUUUUAUUGCUGUGUCUAACGAAGGGAAAGUUCUGGUCACUGAUUAUGAAAAAAACUGUGUUUUUCUUUUUCAAUAGACCUGUACUAAACAGCAAUAAAAGUGUUAAAAAGAAGUCGUACAGCACAAGUUUAGGGCUCAAUCAUAAGCACGAAACUCUUUUUUUUAACACAGUAGAAUACACAUAUAAUAGAGAGAAAGAAGAUAG